AUGUCGCGGACUCCCUCACCACUUCCUAACGGGAGUUGGACUGCCCAGGGACGGCUUGACGGCAACUCGAUGCCCAAUGGCGUGCACGCGGCGCCCAACCUCUACAGCAACAAUGACGAUCAGUGGGCUGCGGCCAAAGCCAAAAGUGCGCAUGUCAGAGGCUACCCGAGCAUCCAAACCAAAAACGAAGGGUUCUUCCAACGGUCCAGGCGGAAGAUCUCCUCUACACUUCCUGUUUUCAGCCCUUACACCCCGCUGUCGGCCAGUUGGAAAGACCCCGAGAAGUUGGGUCGGAGUCGGUGGUACCCAAGAGGAGGCGGCACUUUGUCCAAGGUUAAGACGUUUGUUGGGAAUGUCCUGCGCAAAUUCAAGUUUCUGUUCAUCAUCCUGUCCAUUGUGACUUUGAUCACGGUCGUCAUGUCCAAGACGAGUGUCCUGGUUAGAAUCCGCGGCAACUCCCAUCUCGGCGGCGGAAGCAAGUUUGUCAUUGUCCUCGGCGCGAAUGAAGGAGGUGGUGUCAUGGAAUGGAAAGGUCCUAGAGAGUGGGCGAUCGAACGAGACAGCAUCAAGAACAAAAGAAAAUACGCGGAUCGAUGGGGCUAUCAACUCGAGAUCACCGACAUGAGUACCAAGAAGAGAUAUGCACAUGAAUGGCGGGAGAGUUGGGAGAAAGUCGAUCUGGUGCGAAACGCCAUGGCUAGAUAUCCCGACGCCGAAUGGUUCUGGUGGCUUGACUUGAACACCUUCAUCAUGGAACCAUCGAUAUCGCUGCAGUCGCACAUCUUCAACAACCUGGCCAAAACCGUGUACCGGGAUAUCAACGUCUACAACCCUCUCAACAUCACACACCCCCCUCAGACCGAGUUCCUCGACCCCGUGGCACGAUCAGCCACAGGCGACAACCGGACCUCCUCCAUCGACAUUAUCAUCCCGCAGGAUUGCAGUGGUUUCAACCUCGGAUCUUUCUUUCUACGGCGAUCUCCUUUCACAGACCGGCUGUUGGACAUGUGGUGGGAUCCGGUCUUGUACGAACAGAAACAUAUGGAGUGGGAGCACAAGGAACAAGAUGCCCUGGAGCAUCUGUACGCCUCGCAGCCUUACAUGAGGACCCACUUCGCUUUUAUUGAGCAACGCAAAAUCAACUCCUUCCCUCCCGGAGCAUGCGCGGUCGAGCCGAAAGAGGGCGAAGUCGUCGAAGAAGGAAAGACUCUUCUGGACCCCCGUUUCCACUAUCGAGAGCAGGACCGCGACUUCGUGGUCAACAUGGCCGGCUGUGAAUGGGGACGAGACUGUUGGGCCGAGAUGUACAUGUAUCGCGAACUCAGCAACAAGUUGAAUCGAUCGUGGUGGGAAAAGUUCAAAGACUCUCUCAGCGGAGCGUGGAGGAGUGUCAAGACAAGCGUGUCCAGAGAAAAGAAGAAUGAUGUGAAACAGGCUCCCGGAUGA